AUGGCAGAUUUGCUGCCAGCUACCUCAAACACCAUUCCCCAAGUAUCUGGAAUCUGUAGGAAUUUAUUCCUGAGGAAGAUGAGGGGAACUAUACCAGUGAACUUCUGGCAGGAGGCAAAAAGUCUUACACAAAUUGCUGUGCCAGUGUUUUUGGGUCAGCUGAUGAUGUUUCUCACAAGUAUUGUCAGCGCUAUAUUCUGCGGGCACUUAGGAAAAAUUGAAUUGGAUGCAGUUUCCCUUGCUACGGCGUUCAUCAAUGUAUCAGGUAUCUCUGUAGGUGCUGGUUUGUCGUUAGCUUGUGACACACUCAUGUCCCAGACGUAUGGCAGUAAGAACCUGAAGCGAAUUGGAGUGAUUCUCCAAAGAGGGAUUCUCAUUCUUCUGAUCGCCUGCUUUCCCUGCUGGGCUCUCUUCAUCAACACUGAAAACAUCCUGUUAGUCUUCAAGCAGUCUCCUGAGGUGGCCAAGUUAACAAAUUUGUACGUGCUGAUAUUUAUUCCUGCCCUCCCUGCAGUGUUCCUUUAUCAUUUAGAGAUCAGAUACCUUCAAAAUCAGGGGAUCACAAUGCCACAGGUUUUCACUGGUGCACUUGUGAAUGUUCUCAAUGCUGUAAUAAAUUAUCUGUUGUUGAAUAUAUUUUCUUUGGGAGUAAAAGGUUCUGCAGCUGCCAACGUUGUCUCUCAGUACUGCCAAGCUAUUUUUCUGUUCAUAUACAUUCGAUGGAGAAAGUUGCACGUCAACACUUGGACAGAAUGGUCCAGUGACUGCAUGCAGGAGUGGGGCCUCUUUGUGCGGUUGGCAAUUCCAAGCAUGCUGAUGUUAUGCAUUGAAUGGUGGAGUUAUGAAGUUGGAGCUUUCCUAGCAGGAAUAAUUGAUGAAGUUGAACUUGGAGCACAAUGCGUUGUUUAUCAGAUAUUAGUGGCAGUAUACAUGAUACCUCUGGGAUACGGAGUGGCUGCGGCUGUUUGUGUGGGGAAUGCACUGGGUGCCGGAAACCCAGAGAAAGCUAUAAACAUCACAAAAGCCACUUUGUGGUGUACUGGAAUUUUGGCUUUGGUGAUUUCCGUGAUACUGGAGUCAAUACAUGAUGUGAUUGGUUAUAUAUUCACCAAUGACGAAGAAAUAAUUCAUUUAGUUGGGAAAUUGUUGCCAAUAGUCGCUGCUAAUCAAUUGUUUGAUUCCCUGGCUUGUGUGAAUGGUGGAGUAUUGAGAGGAACUGGGAAGCAAAAACUGGGAGCUAUCGGUAAUCUAGUGGGAUUUUAUCUCAUUGGUUUUCCCAUUGGAAUCUCACUGAUGUUUGCUGCAAAGUUUGGCAUCAUUGAAGUCCAUUCAGGAAACAUUGCGGUCAUUACAGUAGGAGAUGCCACUCCAGCGGAGAAUUACGUUAACAUUGGGCAAAUGAGAGAAGAGAUCUCGGCCUCUAAAAUGAACGUGCAAGACCAGUUAUCUGUGAAACAGCUGAUUUUCCGUCGCGGAUUAGCCAUCCUUUCAGCGUUACUUAUACUGGGGAUUGGACUAUUGCUGAAGUAUUAUAGGUUCCAGUGA